GAUCUCUCCAAUCCCAAGUCGCGGUGAUCGUUGGCCCAAUCUCUUCCCUUUGUCGCCGGCAACCAUCGACCGCUGUCGCGAUGACAUCCAGAUCAAGACUGUAUAUAUCUCCUACCCGGAGCGCGCUAUCGCAUAAUUAGAGGACGCUCGCCGUCAGCUACACAAGACGUACAACCUCGUGUUACCGAUGGCGACGCGCGAUGCUCUGCGCGCCCAAGGGUACACGGCCCAACUACGAGGUCCAGAUGAGGGCCACCCGACCACUCAGUGGCUCACGCUUUCCAACGACGACCACAUGAUCACCGUCGAGUACGGGCAUACCUUGAACAAUGACGGUUGGCAGCGAUUGAGGAUCGAGGCGGAUGUGACGAUGUCGCGACGCGCUCUUGACUCGGCUGAGCAGGUCGAGGCGCAUCCGAGUUCUGUGAGGUGGGGGGACAGUCGGCGGUUCUCGUGGAGCUCAUCGUUAGCCACGGAAGAAGUCUCCUUCACCCUCGCAGGCAAGAAGCUCAUCUUGAAGCUCGGCUUGGACUGGGCGGCGGCGUCGCACUACUUCCCACGCGUCGAUAUAGUGGAGGUUGUCAAGAUUGUCGAGGUGGAGGAGGCUACGCCUGCCGUGCUGCUCGAGUGGGAAGCCGAAGAAGACCGUCGGUAUUUUCGGGACCAACGGCGAGGCAAACGUGCAAGGCGUCGCGCUCGGGCGGUCGAAACCUCAGUUAUCAUGACCCUGGGGUCCGACGACAACGCGCACCCUGACGUACCCGACUCGAACGGCAUUUCGGGUCAGCCGGAAGCUCAUGGUGGAGAGACUCACGGACUCGGACAAGAUGGUGUCGACUAUGCCGACGGCGGAGGCGAGGGAGCUGCGCUCCGUUGAGGCGACCGUGUUCGGGGCGGGCUUGGACCUCGAAUGGCGAUUUUCUCGGCGAUUCACGUUCCAUUUGGGGUUCUCUUUCAUCUGGUGCCCAUGUGGUAGUGUCUCAUCGGCUCAUUUUCGCUUGUAACUUGACGUAGUCACGUAUCAUCGCCCGUGGCUGUAGAAUCUUUGAGUAUAUGGUGUGAUUGAGAUAGAGAACAGUAUGUACGCACCUCUUGUUUCAAAUGUCAUCG